UUUAGAGGGCAUCAAAUUCUUGUUUUGACUUAUUGGAGGGCUGAUAAUUACGUAGCCUUUCGCUUGCAGUUAAUGCAAUCCUGUGCAGAGCAGUGACUGUUGCUAGUUACACUGUCGUUUGUUCGAAGUUUCAGUCCCUGGUCUGCCACAAUCUAUCAAUGAAUUAGAUCAACCGCGCUCGACGCCUCAAACGAUCGGACUCACUGUAGUUCAACUCUGGCAAGGAGCCCCCCUUCAAAACUAGAAAUUACCGACAGCCCGAAGAAAGCAAAACACAAGAUGGGAAGAAAGAAGAUCCAGAUUUCAAGAAUCGGUGACGAGAGAAAUCGUCAGGUUACUUUCACAAAACGAAAGUUUGGUUUGAUGAAGAAAGCUUAUGAACUGAGCAUUUUGUGUGACUGCGAGAUUGCUCUCAUCAUCUUCAACUCUGGGAACAAAUUGUUCCAGUACGCUAGCACAGACAUGGACAAGAUCCUCCUAAAAUAUACAGAAUACAAUGAACCACAUGAGAGCAGGACAAACACAGAUAUUGUUGAGACAAUUUCAAAGAAGGAGAAUAAGGCUUUGCCAUCCCCUGACGACACAGAUAAGCAAUUUGUGUUGACCCCAAGAACAGAAGAAAAGUACAACAAAAUUAAUCAAGAAUUUGAUCAGAUGAUGAAAAAGAAUCUUCUACAGCCACAUCAGUCUGAUGAUGGUUAUCAUCAGUUGCCUGUCUCUAUCCCAGUGUCCUCCAACAAUGGCUCAGAAGAUAGUUAUGGCAGCAGGCCUAGUAGUGCUGAUGCACCUGGAAUGAGUUCUGGUCUUCCGGUCAGCUCUAGUGGCCGAAUCAAUCCUGAACACAUGAAUGGAAACUUCCCGCGGGGGAAUGCUUCUGCUGCUGCUGCUAUAUCAGGAAAUACACAGAACAUGUCUGAUUUGGUGGCUGCAGCAGAGUACAACAGAAGAAGUGUCACUCCAGGAUCUGUUCAGGGCAACGAUGGCUCAUUUGUCACACCCUCCUCUGGAGUGACUGGUGGACGAAAUUCUGUGUCGCCACAUCCACAGGCUGUCACUCCUCCACCAAAUCCCAGCAGGCCUUCGUUAAAGAUUAGCAUUCCUAACAGAAGCUCAGCUGCAGGACAGAUGCAGCAUAACCGGCAUGGCAUUGUAGCUUCAGCUCAGGACCAACCCUUAUCCACCCCAGUCAUAUCAUUGAACAACUUACCAAUGCAGACACCAGGUGACAAUCACUCCCUUUCCACACCUAUCUUUUCCAUGGCCACACCUAACAUAGCUGGGGCACCGCCGUCAUUUUCUUCAGCUCUGCCCUCUGGGUUCCCAGCUGAUUUCUCAAUGGAUAACAACACAGAAUCCCUGGCUCACAAAAUAGCACAGUACCAAGGUGUUCCCGCUGCUGCCCUGCCUCUGAUACAGCAACAAGCCUUACUUCAGCAGCAGCUGCAGCUAAAUAACAUGAUACAAGCAGGGAAUUUACUGGGAAAUCGCCUUACUGUUCCUGGUCAAGGCAUGUCCGCGGUGAACAUCAAGGCUGAGCCCGCGGACAGGGAUACAGCGUCACCAAACUCGCGCUCGUCAAUAUCCCCCACCUCACCCUACCAGGUACAGAGGAGGAUAGCGGCCGGCAGAGAUGACCGUGACAUGGAUAAAGACCCCGGGUCCAAGCGCCCACGCCUGGAUCCAACUAUCUCUGCUGCUGCGAACGGCUGGGGGCGUUGAGAAAGCAGGAUGAAAAUUUUAUAUACAGGAAAUAGAUGAUUUUAGGUUUAUUUGUGUUUUCUUGGCAAAAAAGAAGUAAUAUUAAUAAUGUGAUGCAGGCAUCAUGUCUUUACCAAGGCUGUUAUCAAUAUUAUAUUUUGCUGGAAGCUUUUUUUUUUCAAGCUUCCUUUUUACUAUUUUAUAAUCGAUUUGGUAAAAUAGGCAGGACCUGACCCUUAGAGAGCAUAGAAAAUUGUAAUUAUUUCCUGAGGGGGGGAAGAGUGAAGACGCGUGUGAAAAUAUUAGCCAGUGCAGAACAGCGUAUCGCCCAUGUUUGUCAUUUCAUGAGGUGUCGCCCCAUGACCUCUGCCCAAAAUAUUGAUAAAUUGCAUUCUUGAAAGUGCAACCUCAGCUGUCAUGAAGAUAAGCGAAGUUGCCUGCGUACCGUAGGACCUAGGACUUAGGACUUUUUCAGCUCACCUUCAAUACUGCACUAGUUACUGAGUAAGAGAAAAAAGUAAAAUCAGGUGUAUCGUCAAAUAAGCUACGGAGUUUUUAUUAGAGAUGUAGUUGUACGAAGGCUUAAAACCCGACAUCAAAAUUGGUAUUUAUUGCAAGUACACCCUACAACUGAUUAAUUGAUAACAUUUGAGUAUUUUGCUGUACUUUAUGGUAUUCAUUUGGCUGUUUCGUUUCUGAUAAUUAUCGAAAGGUAUCAAAGCGAUUUUAUUAUUUUGUCGACAAUGUAGGAGUGUAAAAUGAGGAACCUCUUUUUUCUAGUGAAAGUGUCUUUCUAUAGCAGCCUUGGAUUAUAUGUACAUUUUUGUCAUUUGGUAUUACGAUUUUUUUCGUGUAAAUAUUACUAAAAAAACAUAUAUUCAAUAGAGUUAAUUCAUACUCCCCCCCCCUCAAACCCUUGAGAAAAAUGUAAUAAUAGAUACAUGCAACUAGAACGGCGUGGCUUUACAUAGCACGAAAAAGUUAAUGUAACGUUAAUUUUGACUACGAUGUAGUUUUGUAUUUUCAUUUAAACAAGUUGUUUGCCAAAGGCAGUUUUAUAAUGUGACUAAAUUCGCUUUGCAGGGCCAAGGGCGCUUUUGAAACUGAUUUUGGUUAAGACAGUUUCCGGUUCUAUUGGCUGGAAAUCUAGAUAUUGUGGUAUAUUUUCACAUGGUUAAAGUAUGUGUGAGACAUAACCUGGGAUUUUUUUUAAGGAUAGAUUAUAGCGCCCUAUAUAUUAGCGAUUGAUAUAUUCUUAAGUGUGCAAUUAAGUAAAGUUAUAUUAGAGAUAAAUGAAACUCUGUAAGAGUGAAGUUAAUUGGUGGUGAAUAUUUACUUAAUUUUUAAUUCCUGAAACUGGCGAGAAAAUUUAACUGGACUUGUCUUGCAUCUUAACUGUAAGGAAGCACUCGAAGCCAGAAAUUAAAUGGGAACGUCUGAUUGGUCAAGUUUUUUUUUUUUUUGGCAAGUUGUACUUAAGCGCCUGUUGUUUCUACAUUUGUGUGCUGUUUUGUUUUCUACUAUGACGCGACGGCAGACGUCAACAUUGAGACUUUUUACUGCUUUCAAUCUAGAGAUUUAUUGUAGGGAGGUCAGUUCCUUGAAAUUGCGGCCUCACUUUUCCUUUUCAGUCAAAUGCUAAGAUAGAGUGCUAUCGGAUAUGCAACUGUAGCUUUUAGAUUGAGAUGUAGUGAAGCUUCGCCCAAAUUCCUGAUAGAUCGUAGGAUGGGAAAAAACGGGUUUUCUUUUAAGAAAAAGAAAAACUACAUUUAGAAUCGCACAGAAUAGUUAUAUUUGAAUAAGAGCACGAGUGAUUCCAAUCGGCUUUGUUAGAUAAAUCCAGUUUUUUACCCUCGUCAACCACCGAUAGAAAUCUGGAGGUCGUCCCUGGAACAUGAAGGGGGGUGAGUCUCUCAGGUGCGCAAAGUCGGGCGGGACCCUGGCGUUAGAUUUGUUUGCUUUUAGUUGCUUAUCAUUCACUCUAGGGAUUUGCGACAUUGCGCCGCAGCCAGUUUUAAAAUCAAUGUAUUCCGAAUUGUAAUUAAAAUGAAAAAAGGUCGAUGCAGUUAGAUGACCAUUUAAAAGUAAGAUAUAUAACGCUGAAGCGUGGUUGUGUUUCUUGAAAGAACAAAAUACUUAAAAUAAUAGACUUGUCAUGUACUUUAUAGCAACGAAUAUUGGUAAUGGAAAUUUUGUUUUCAUAAAGGUUAUCGUUUUACUUCUGCAUACAUUUACGCUCCAGAAAUAAACUAACAUAAGAGUGUCA